UGAGGUAGAAGGUGUGAUUGUAGAUGAUGAAAAAGAAUGGAUUGAGAAAAUCUGCAACGUUGUUACUGCACAAACCAACCCUACUCUUUACAGGGAUGAAAGGGCUGUGUUGGUCAUCUGUGAGACCAUCAAUCGAGCAAAGGUUCUCCACAACACUCUAGGAGAUAAAUCCCAAACAAGAAGCUUUACAUAAGCAACAACAUGGACAAUACUGCAAUCUUCGCAAAGAAACUUGAAGCAGGAGACGUCAUCAUAGCAACAAACCUUGCAGGUCGUGGGACAGACCUUCAGGUCUCUGAUCAGGUAAAGAGAGCUGGAGGUUUGUUUGUUGUGCAGACCUUCCUGCCAAAGAAUGCUCGUGUGGAGGCCCAGGCAUUUGGUCGCACUGCCAGACAAGGAUCUCCUGGGUCUGCUCAGCUCAUUGUCUGCUCCAGACAUCUGUCAGAAUCAUUCAAAUUGUUGGCUUUAUUAGGCAAACAUAGAUUGUUUUUGGAAAAUACAACUAACGACGUGCUAGUUUAUCGACACCUUUUUGUAGUGCAACUCAGAUCGUACCAAAAAAGCCCCAGUGAUAAGGUAUCUAAAUCUUUGACUUCGACAGUGUUGCAUAUUUUGACAAAAACCUCUGAUUCAGAAACAAAGACUGUUAAAGAUGCCAGAGAUGACUCUGUGGAAAAAACACUAGCUCGCUACUUGGAGUGUGAAAUCCCAAAGAUACAGAAAAAGGAAGAGCUCUUCAGUCAGUACCUGGAAACACUAGAUGAGGUGUACAAAAGCAGUUACAACAGGCCAGCAGAUUCAGAUUUGUCUGCACUGAAUGAAUUCUGGGGUAUGUGGCUCCUCACAAACUUCAAUGAGAACGAAUCAAUCAUGGACUUAAAACACAAACUAGGUGAAGACCUGAAAACAGCCAGGCAAAAACUCACACAGAGAGAAUCACCCUCAUCAAACCUGCACCACUACAUUGCAUUUGGCAAUGAUCUGCGCAAAAAGGGAAAUCUUGCAGGGAGUAUCGAGAUGUACACUAAGGCCAUACAGGAGGACCACUGUUGGGCAGCAGUUGCAUAUUAUAACCGUGCUUUUGCAUCUUUAGCCAAGGACAGGCAUCAGGAUCCAAACUGCAUCAAUCAAGCUCUGGAAGAUUUACAAAAUGCACUCAAGUCCGUUGAGCUCUACUGUGAACAAAUUCAGGUCACUCAAGGAUACUCCACACAAGUCAACAACCUCUGCAGUGAUUCAACCACCAGAUUUGACAGUCACAUGAGAGCCAGACACCAAGUGUUGUUGUCUUUCAAGGCAAACAUAAAUGAGGCUAUUAAAACAGCACACAGGGCCAGAGACUCUGGUGGGAGUGUCAAAGUGGAGGAGACUCUUGUCUACUUCAUGGUACCACUGGAGAAUUUUCUGUCCCUGGCGGUCCUUUUGACUCAAUCCCUGACUCACAUCCGCUCCAGAGACCCUGUAAAGUUGCUCCAGCUCAUCAGUCACCCCUCCUUUGACAUUGUCAGUGAGCUUAGGUGUCUUGAAUCUCUCGGCCUGACUCAUGUUUAUACCUUAGAAGCACAGAUCUCUCUGGGUAGAUUUUUAGCAAAGACGCUACUUAGGAUCAUACGCUGAGCUCUGCAUUCAGCACUGAGGCAAAACAAAUCAAGAACGUAAUAGAGGAGAUGUUGGUGUUGUAAGGAAAUCUUGUUCGCCACAAACUCUCUGGAACUAAGAAACACAGCCUACGUCAAGUUUGCUGCAGGUUAAGUUCAUCUUUUACUUCAAUUUUUUUUGCAAGUUUCAUCCUAGUUUCAGUUGUUAAUGCAUUUUUGAUGUUAAGUAAUGCAGGCUCUGUUUCUACUGUGGCAGUAAAUAUAAUAUGCUAUAUUUUUGUAUUAACUGUUGUCAGUUGAAUCGAACAAUUGCAAAUUAAUCUCUAUUAUGGAGAACUUCGAUGACACCAGUCAAAUAACUCUUAAUAUUAUUGUAAAUGUUUUUACACACACGUAUAUAUACAUAGUGCAGUUUUGAAGGAGGUUUUCCAGUUUUGCUCUAUUUUUCCUAUGUUUUGUUUUUAUUUGAUUUUUAAAAGAUACAUGUACUUGUUCCUUGAUUCUUUAUUAUUAUUCAUUCAAAUGACGAUGACAAAAUAAUGUUGUGAUACUGAUACUACAGUGAUACUGUAUUUAAUGUUUUACUUUUUGGGACAUAUACCUGAAACAUUGUGUAAAAUGUGUAGUUGCAAAGUCAUUGUUGAUUGACACAAAAGGAUUAAAGAAGUAAUUAAGUUUUUUUUUUUUAUUAAAAAUUCAUUUAAAGUUUACAUUUUUGAAGAGCGAAAAACUGACUUUUUUAAAUUACAAUUUUAAAGACAUUUUGAUUCUGUAUAUUAAAAAUCAAGCUA